AUGAAGGUGUUAGUGUUAUUCAUGUGUGCAGUGGCUAGUAUUACGGCAAGCAAAGUGGUGGCAUGGCCAGGUGCUAUUCCACUUACAGCGCAAGUGAAAACAAUCCUUCCUGCCCAAAUAAAAGGUUUCGGAUAUUCCACAAGUCAAUAUAUAAAUGCAAUACCAUCCACGCCGUUUGGAUAUCAACCGCAAUUUAGUUAUCAAAUUUCAUUACCGAAUUAUCAACCCAUCCAGCCAGUAGUGGGAGCAUACUUCCCUUCGAAUAAUUUCCUAUAUCCAUCUCUACCCGGCACUCCGGCUGCUCCUGGUUUUCCUAUUUUACCCGCUGCUCCAAUUUCACCAAUUUCUACCGUUCAAUCUCCGCAAAACCCACCAGCUGCACCAGCAGAACAACCUGCAGGAGAUGAAGACUCAGCAGUUAUUGAAUCAGCGGAUUUCAUUUCUAGUCAACAGGAACCUCAAUCUUCUCAACCACAAUCACCUCAAUCUUCUUUAGAUACAAAAAAUAUGCCUGGUUUUCCCCAAAUUCCUCAAGUGUCUCAACAAAUCCCAUCUCAACUCCCAUUUCCUCAAUUCCCACAGGGAUCUCCACAGAAUCCAUCACUUCCUCAGUUCCCCCAGGGGGCUCAACAAAAUCCAUCACUUCCUCAGUUCCCCCAGGAUCCUCAACAAAAUCUAUCACUUCCUCAGGUCCCCCAGGGAUCUCAACAGAGUCCAUCACCUCAGUUCCCCCAAGGAGCUCAACAGAGUCCAUCAAUUACUCAGUUCCCCCAAGGAACUCAACAGAAUCCAUCAAUCCCUCAGUUUCCCCAGGGAUCUCAACAGAUUCCAUCCCUUCCUCAGUUUCCACAAGGAAUCCAAUUCAAUCCAUCAUUUCCUCAAUUCCCACAAGGGUCUCAACAAAUUCCAUCAUUUCCUCAGUUCCCCCAGGGAUCUCUACCGAAUCCAUUAUUCCCUCAAUUCCCUCCAGGAUCCCAAUUCAAUCCGUCAUUUGGUCAAUUUCCUCAGGCAUCACAACAAUACCCAGGGUUUCCACAAAUUCCACAAUAUCAACAGCCUGGUUUAAAUCUACAACAACCACAAAUACCAGCAAGUGGAUCUUUUCCUCAAUCUCCCUUUCCUUCAGCUGAUAAUGCUAACAAAGGUUUAAAUGAUGAAGACACCAUAUCUGUAGAAUCUGCA